UUCAAUUUCGCUUCCCCUCCCUCUUUCCUCACCUAUCAUUCAAGCUGUUGAUAUUUUUUUUGCAACAAAUAAAUUCAACGAAUUAAAUUCAAUUCUUUUGGCUUCUUUCAUUCCCCCUCUCAAUCCAUCGCCGUUCGCUAUUUCGUCCAUGUCUAAGACUAAGAGAGUUCUCUGUAAGUUCUUUGUUCAUGGAGCAUGCUUCAAAGGGGAGAAUUGUGAGUUUUCCCAUGAUUGGAAGGAUCCGCCAAAUAAUAUUUGCACAUACUAUCAGAAAGGAAUCUGUUCAUACGGUAGUCAGUGCAGAUACGAACAUGUUAAGGCUUCCCAAUCAGAUUUAUCUGCUUCAUCUUCGUCAACAAAGCAUCACCAAUUCGGGAUAUCUGGUUCUGUUCCUCUAGGUCCUUCAACGAGCACAUUUCGUGGUUCUGCUGUACUUUCAGCUACUUCAGCAGAGUUUCCUGGUUCCAAUGGAGGGUUCCUUCCUCCCGUCAAAAACGCAUGGAAUUUGGAAUCUGAACAUCAAUAUCUAUCGGAUGAUGGCGAUGUUUUGGAGCCUAGGAGUGGUAAUGUAGCUGAUCGUUCCAUCUGCUCGUUUGCUGCAGCUGGUAAUUGCCCCCGUGGAGAAAAAUGUCCUCGUAUUCAUGGAGACUUGUGUCCCACCUGUGGGAAACAUUGUUUGCAUCCUUUCAGACCUGAAGAAAGGGAGGAACAUAUAAAAAUGUGUGAGAAAAAGCAAAAGCACCUUGAGGCAUUGAAAUAUAGUCAAGAAAUAGAAUGCAGUGUGUGCCUGGAUCGCGUUCUAUCAAAGCUCACAGCAGCUGAACGGAAGUUUGGGUUGCUUUCAGAAUGUGAUCAUCCGUUUUGCAUAUCUUGUAUUAGAAAUUGGCGUAGCAGUUCCCCAUCGUCUGGGAUGGAUGUUAAUACUGCCUUAAGGACUUGCCCAAUCUGUCGCAAGCUAUCAUAUUUUGUCAUCCCAAGUGUGAUUUGGUAUAGCACUCCAGAAGAAAAGCAGGAAAUUGUUGAUAGCUACAAGGCAAAACUUAGGUCAAUAGACUGCAAGCACUUCAACUUUGGUAAUGGGAACUGCCCUUUUGGGACUAGUUGUUUCUACAAGCAUGCAUAUCGAGACGGUCGGUUGGAGGAAGUUGCUCUGCGUCAUCUUGGAGCGGAAGACGGGCACACCAUCAUAGCUAAGAAUAUUAGGUUGUCAGACUUCCUCAGUGACUUGCACAUUGGGUGAAUGUUCACAAUAUCUUCAACAAUGUGAGUAUGUUCACAAUAUCUUCUACAAUGAUAUCUAAAUAAUGCAAGGACCUAUAUGCAGCUUUUAAUGAAAAACUCUUCUUCGGUUUCUAGUGUUGCACUCUAUUUGAAAAGGAUUGCGGAAAAGGAGGAACCAGAGGCUGGAAUCAUGGGGGGCAUGCUGUGGUUAUAUGCAAUAAAAACUGCAUCUCUAAUAUUUAAAGAAGUAGAAAACUAUUUGUGGGGUGACAAUGCUGAGUGAUUGAUGGAUGAUAAAUGUUUGUUGAAUGAAGGCUUUGGAAUUUUAGUAAGCCAAUGGCGAUUAGUUUGAAUAAUCAAAUGAGGGUGGCAGUGUUUAUUACUUAAUGCUUUCCCUCUAAUCAGUGGAACACUCCAAAACUGUACUAUAUA